AUGCCCUACUAUCAGCCGGAAACGUCGUUAAUAUUAAGAAAAUCAACCAUGGUGACUGGAGACAACAGACAGAUAAUACCAGCAGAUGAAGUGUACACGGCUACAGAUGAUACUAUCUUGUGUAUAAUUCGAGACCUGGUAGACCCGCAGUGUAAGAAACGAUGUCUUCAUCUUUCUGCUUCUAUGACUGUGGCAGACAUGGUGUUAGAAGUAGCAACAAGGUGUGGCUAUGUCCCCAACACUAUAUCCGUGCACUAUGAGAAAUCUGCUUCUGCUGAACAAGAUGGCGAAGAGGUCAUUUUGGAUCCAACAAGUUUGCAGUCUCUGGGAAACUUGUGCAAUGAUGAGAUUUGUAAGCACAAUUUUACAAUUUGUGAGUCAGAAGAUCAUCUCCCACAAAAAGUUCAGCCUGAAGAGAGUUCAAGUGGCUGCCCUAUAUUGCCAGUCCAAGAAUCCUUUGGUCCUCUCAAAUCAGAAACUGGAUUUGUUGGGCUUGUAAAUCAAGCAAUGACCUGCUACCUGAAUAGUCUAUUGCAGACCCUGUUCAUGACACCUGAAUUCAGAAAUGCUGUGUACAGGUGGGAAUUUACUGGUACAGAAGAAGAAGCAGUAAAGAGUAUCCCAUAUCAAUUACAGAAAUUGUUUUUGACGCUCCAGACCAGCAAUAAACGAGCUACAGAAACAACAGAUUUAACCAGGAGUUUUGGUUGGGACAGCAGUGAAGUUUGGCACCAACAUGAUGUACAAGAGCUGUGUCGAGUAAUGUUCGAUGCCUUAGAACAGAACUGGAAAGAGACUGAUCAGGCCAACCUCAUCAACCAUUUGUAUCAAGGCAAGCUGAAGGAUUAUGUAAAAUGUUUAGAGUGUUCAUAUGAAAGUGCUCGCAUCGAUGCCUACCUGGACAUACCCCUCGUUAUUCGACCAUUUGGUGCUAGCCAGGCAUAUGGAAGUGUGGAAGAAGGGUUGAAGGCUUUUGUCCAGCCAGAGAUCCUUGCUGGUUCUAACCAGUAUUUCUGUGAGAAGUGUGGCAAGAAAUGUGAUGCUCAUAAGGGUUUGAAGUUUGUCUCAUUUCCGUAUCUUCUCACUUUGCAACUGAAGCGAUUUGAUUUUGACUAUAACACAAUGCAUCGCAUCAAGUUGAACGAUAGGAUGACAUUUCCAGAAGUACUUAAUAUAAACCACAUGAUUGAAGAAUCUGGAUGUACUAUCAGUCAGUCUCAAGUGUCUGUGACCAACAGUGAGCAACAAAUUAGUCACUUGGACUGUGAUGAUCAGCGGGUUCCAGAUUCUGUCCUUGAUAUUGAAAUAGAGGAUGAAGAAAUCCUAAAUGGAAAUCCACUGAAGGCUCAUGUUGGCAGUAUAGAUUAUAUUGGCCAUGGUGACACUUUAUUGACGGACAGAGAAACAGUUGCUAACAUUCAUGAUACUAAAGAAUGGGAAUCUAAGCGUCCUUACAUGUAUGAAUUAUUUUCCAUCAUGGUUCACUCGGGAAGUGCAGCUGGUGGACAUUAUUAUGCCUACAUCAAAUCCUUUAAGGAUAACCAGUGGUAUAGCUUUAAUGAUCAGCAUGUAUCUAAGAUUACAUAUGAUGACAUUUGUAAGACUUAUGGAGGGUCCAGUGCUAAUCGAAGUUAUUAUUCUGCAUCAUAUACGAGCUCUACUAAUGCAUAUAUGUUGAUGUACCGUCGAAUUGAUGCAGAGAAGAAUGCAGAGUUUGUCUCUCCUGAAGACUUUCCUGCACACAUGAAAAGGCAGUUAGAAGAAUUGAAAACCAAAGAAGAGGCUGAGAGGAAACAAAGGGAAAUAGACAAGUGCACAUGUAAAAUAAAAUUAUUUUGCUACUAUCCUGCCACGCAGAUCAAAAUGGAGAACAAACUUGAAGUGCACAAAGACAAAACUUUGAAAGAAACGACAGAAAUUGCUUAUAGUCUUUUUGAGUUAGAAUCAGUUGUGCCUCUGGACUGCUGUCGUCUAGUCAAAUAUGAUGAAUAUUGUGAUGCCCUUGAAAAGUCAUUUGAAAAUGAGGACAACACACCCAUAGGAAAACUGCUAGGGGGGGUCAAAUCAACGUACACAUUUGACUUGCUUUUGGAAACUCGGCGGCCUGACCAAACAUUUCAAGAAUAUAAACCAGGGGGUGUGACUAUAAAGGUGCUUGUUGUUGAUUUAGAAUCAGAAAUUAUCCAUCCACCCAUUACUGUCCAUGCAUGUCACAGCAAUACGGUUGCAGAAUUAAAAGAGCUUAUCUCUCAGACACUGGACGUUCCUGUGACACACAUGAGAUGUGUUCCAGAGCGAUACCACAGUGACCUUCGUUUACUUGGGACUCCAGGUGAGACUCUGAAAUCAGAGGGCCUUUUCCGUAGCAAUAAGGUAUUUGUAGAAUAUAGUGGAACUGAAGACCCCAAUGGUAAUUUUCCAGAAAGUAAAUUCUACAAGAUACUUGACCGGUAUCAAAACACAAUACGUAUUUUUAUGAACAUACCAUCGAAAGCUGAAGUGCAAGAAUAUGUUGCUUUGAGCAGUCAUUAUUCCUCAGCAAAAAGACACAGUUACCACAGCAAUAAUGACGGGUGCCUGGUUUCUCCUGCAGAAAAUGUACCCCAGAGUGAGGCCAACAUGGUCCCACUUAGGGGUGGACAGUAUUUCAUUACUCAUGAAAAGCACAAUGUAAACAGCACGGUCUUUCCUGAUGACUACGUUGGUGCUGAUGGUGCUGCAGGACCCCAGGAGCCAACUGUAGUGGAAACUACCAAACAUGUUACCUCGCCAAACAAUGCAGCUACGACUUCUGGCACUUGUCAAAAAAGCAUGGAGCUGCUCAAGCUGCAAUCAGCCAGCAAUGGCAUGUAUUAUCGUUCAGAGAAUGGGAACAUCGUUUCGCAGGUCACAGAUGAUGGGCAAGAUUACUCCUCAGGCACUGUCAUUAGUCCUUUGCUGUCUCCGGCUGUGGAAGGAGUGAGAACGGUCAGUCCUCUGGCCCCUAGCUGUUGCAGCAGCAGCAGCACCAAUUCCCAGGAGAUGAACAGCGAGUUGAGUUUGGCCACCAAUUUCAACACAAGUAUAACAGAUAUGCAUUCUCUGCAACCACUGAACGAUCUCGUCGCGCUAGUCGAUCUAAUUGGCAACGAAUACAUGGAACCGGGUGCUGGCAACGGCAAUGAACGAGGGCGAAGGGGUGGGGAUGGGGAGAUAAUGCGGGAAGACCAUCUGCACAGUGUUGAUGUAACAGAUUAUUUGCAACAGAAUGCAUCUGGUCAGGAGAAGAAAGAGUCUGACGAGAUCUGGGACGCUGAUGGCAGUGAACGGGACCUGGAUGACGAAGAGUACAGACGCUACUUUCAGGCGACAGAAAAUGUUGAUGGACUUAAUCAGAGAACACUUACUGUUAAUGUAGACAAGAGGAUAACACUUGGUGCUCUCAAGAAAGAAUUGGAACCAUAUAUUGGUUUGUCAUCAGAAAAUUUCAAGGUUUUUCGUGUAUAUUCUAACAAUCAGGAAUUUGAGAGCACACAGUUGCUGGAAAAUUUAUCCUUCUUGGAGGAUGGAAAGUUGAACAUUAAACUUGGUCGUGCCCUUCGCCCUGGUGAAUAUCGUGUCAAAGUCUAUCAACUAUUAGUGAAUGACCCAGAGCCAUGCAAAUUCCUUAUUGAAACAAUUUUUGCCAAGAAAAUGAGUGUUCUUGAGUCAAAGAAACAGAUAUUGGCAGAAAUCAAGGAACAGUGUAAUCUUGAUAUUCCUUUAUCAAGGUGUCGAUUACGGAAGAAAACUUGGAAAAAUGCAGGGACUGUGUACCUAGACAACCAGCUUUAUGAAGAAGAUAUUACAAUAUAUGCCAACUGGGAAGUGUUCCUUGAGGUCCUUGAAGGUCCUGAGCAGGUGAAGUCUACAUCCCAACUGUCACUUUUUGUCAGGCGUUGGCGAACAUCCACCUACAAAUUGGAACCUUUUCAGGAAGUAAUUUUGUCUCAGCAGACUACUGAACAUUUAAAAGAAAAGUUGCAUGAGUUGAGUGGGAUUCCUACAGAAAAUAUUGAAUUUGCUAAGGCACGAGGAACUUUUCCAUGUGAUAUUCCAGUGUUGUCCAUACAGACAGAACUGGAUUGGAAUCCACAAAUAACAUCGCUAAGCACGUGGCCCCUUUCUAUCUGUGAUGACGGUAGUGUGAUCUUUUAUAGGGAUAAAACUGAAGAAUUAAUGGAGCUUUCUAAGGAGAAGAAGGAGGAACUUUCCCAAAAAGAAAACAACAGAGUUUCCCAUCUAAUAAAUCGAAUCUCCAAUUCUCCACGGAAAGAAAGGGCGCUAAAAAUCUACACAGAUGACUCUCGCUCGUCAAGCAACAGGGCAGCAUUUUCGUCUUCAUCUUUGUCACCUCCUUCGACGGCUGCCACCAUCACAACCACCACUGCCACAACGACAAUGUCUUCUUCAAUGCCGCAGCCACCAACGCCUUCAGCUUCUGCAUGCCACUUCCAGUCUCCCUCGUCCCUUCUUCCUUCACCUGACCCCUCCCCACCCACGUCCCUUCCUCCUUCACCUGACCCCUCCCCACCCACGUCCCUUCUUCCUUCACCUGACCCCUCCCCACCCACGUCCCUUCUUCCUUCACCUGACCCCUCCCCACCCACGUCCUUCUUCCUUCUGACCCCUCCCCACCCACGUCCCUUCUUCCUUCACCUGACCCCUCCCACCCACGUCCCUUCUUCCUUCACCUGA